AUGAAUGUCACACCCUGUAGGAAGACAUGUUUCUGGAAAAGCUGUAAGAUCGGCUGCUUCAUUGGUUUACAGAUCAGUCGUCCACUCAUACCAGGCAGCAAGCCGCCACAUAGUAUGGUGAUUUGGACUUCAUCUACCUCGACACCAGUCAAGGGGAUUGUCGUUUGCACCCUCUGA